UUGAUAGGUUGAAUAGACAAAUCGGAUCGAAAUCGUUUUAUCGAAAUUACAUUCGAUUGAUCCGAUUUAAUUUUACACAUUUUAAUUAAAAUUGCGCCAUUUAUGAAUGGACUUUUUAUUUGUUUAAAAUUCUCCUUUUUCUGGAAGCUUUACCUUCUCAUAAACUCUUCUCCCUCUGUCUUUGGCAGCAAAUUAAGAAGAAUGAGCUUCGGCCACGCGCAGAGCCAGCCCGAACUCGUGAUCACUGUGACCGAAUCCAUUCGCUCGUUUCUUCUCUCAGCAUCUAAUGAUCCAUGCCUUUCUCAAGAGUUUCGACAACUCGCUCUCACUCUUUCCUCACGAACCAAUGCACCGUACAAGCCAAUCCGAAGUAUAUGGAUCGGGUCAGAUGUAGACACAAGACCCGGAUUGAUUUCCUUGUUCUCCGGAUCUGAUUUUGUUUUUGCCAGCCCUAAACCGAGAGAGAAGAGCGAAGAAUUGCAGGAAAGAUUAAGGAAGCUUAAAGAAAUAGCAGAGAGGAAAGAGUAUGAAGACCUUGUUAAAGAUAUCACGCCGAAGAAGGAGUUGAAUGAACCUUUCUCUACUUAUAAGGAUCAACUUGGCUUUGGUUUACAUGUUGCACUGAUGAUGUUUACUGGGUAUUUGGGUGGAUAUUUUGCAUUUAGAGCAUUGUUUAACCACAGUUCUACCAUGAAUGCUGCUGGAGGUAUUCUAGGAUUGGUUAUUGGCAUGCUCGUUGAAACACUUUUGUUCAUUAUUAGAACUUCGAAUCCUGACUUUAAAUCACCGUCCUCAACUUUGAGAUUGAAGAAAAAUCAAUAGAGUAGCUAUGAAGAGAUUUUGCAAGUAUAAGCAAAACCUCGUUUAGAGUUAUAUGCUGUUGCCAUUCGUUAUGGAUUACCAUUGGAGGCUGUACAGUUGGAUAAUUUGUGAUUCGCAACAACCCGAGCUUGGUGUACAAUUGGAUUGAAAUUAUGCUGGAUCUUUGAUAAUUUCGACGGCAAAGACAAAAGGUAUAAUAUUGUUUAUACCAUGCAUGAAGCUAUGACUUUCCUUUUGUGUUAGAUUAAAGUUGCUGAUGCCAUUUUUGGGUUAUCUAUUGUUUGAGGCCGAGUUUUACAUUUUGAUGGAAUUGGACAUUGUUGGAUUAUGCUCGUAUUUUGUUGGAUAAAAGGUGCAAAUGAAAUUAUUGAAGCUUUUUUGGAACUUGGCAUUGCACCAAAGGCUAAGUUUGUGGGUUGCCAUCUCUUCGUCAAUUGGAUGCAAUGAUUAUGGAACUGUAAAAGUACAUUUGUCCAUGCUUUUGGCAUAUCAAUUUAACAUGGCAGGAAGAAAUCAGAGAAUCAAUGUUGUUUUUUAUUAA